UGCGCAGGCGCAGUGGACGUCAGCGCCGUUCCCAGUAGACCCCUGGAGGUGGACUCGGCACGCCAAGUCCCCGGCAGCGCGCGGGAGUCCGCAGAGCCGAUGACUUCCUUGUUUGCUCAAGAAUUUCGCCUUUCUAAAAGACAUGAAGAAAUAGUAUCACAAAGAUUAAUACUGCUUCAACAAAUGAAGACUAAAUCUGGAGACCCAAACACAGAAAGGGUAUCUCAGCUGCAAGCAGCUGAAGCUGCUUUUAAAAGGAAUCUUAGUCUUUUAAAGGAUAUAGAAGUAGCAGAAAAGUCUCUGCAGACCAGGAUUCACCAACAUCCACUGCCUGAGGUGCUUUCUCUCGAGGCUUGUUACUGGGCAUCAGUGAAAGAAUAUAUUCCCAAAUGGAAACAGUUUCUUUUAGGAAGAGCACCAUACCCUACUGGUGUUGAAAAUCAUGAUGAAACAGAAAACAACAUUCAAAAGAAAGCUGCAAAGCAAUAACUUCUUCACAUGCAUUUAAGAAGACCUAUUUAACAAGCUGAAUAUGAAAUAUUUGUGGACAAGUACAAUCAUUUUAGGAAUUGGCUCUGUCCCUAUAACAAUGUAAACAUGAUCAUAAAUGACAAUGGAGACAUGUUUAUAUACUGAGAAAUCUUAGAUUGUCACCUACUGCUACUUCAGGGUCAUAAAUUUGCUUUCUACUAGACCUACCAAAGUGUUAACAACUGAUAUUCAAGGUAUAAUGUUUAGUAAAUGAAGUAUGAAACCCAUGGUGUCAUUUAGAAUACUUACAAUCAUUCUCAUGUAAGCAGGUGGGUUAUCAAUUUUCUAGAACCUGUACUUUUAAGCUAUUGCAUUAUGGGUAAAAGACACAGGAUCAAGGUGGCCACUUGCUUACUGUUAUAAUUCCUUUUAACAAAUAAAAACAUGGUGACACUUA